AUGGCAUAUCUAUUCGCGCACUCCUCAGUCGGCUCCCUACUUCGAUACAUCCGAAAGGGCAACCUUUCCUUCUCCCGUCGACGCGGAAAGACUAUCUCAGCAAGUUCAUCUUCCGACGAUGUCGUAGAAGUUGAGGUUCAGCUGCCGGGCCUCGAAGAGAAGAUCUCGAUCUCAAGAAGAGAUCUUGUGGACUGGGAUGGUCCAGACGACCCGAGCAAUCCGAUUAAUUGGCCGCUUGCACAGAAAGUCCUCGUGACUGCGGUUCUUUGUGCUUGGACGUUUGCUGUCUAUGUGGGAUCUUCGAUCUAUUCCUCGAGCCAAGCAGACGUGGAGAGGAUUUUCGGCGUCGGCCAUGUUGAAGGUGCACUUGGCAUUGCAUUAUACGUCCUGGGCUACGGUCUCGGCAGUCUUCUGUUUUCGCCCCUCUCUGAAAUACCCGCAAUUGGACGCAAUCCACCGUAUGCCAUCUCCGGUUUCCUCUUCGUCAUUCUUUGCAUCCCAACGGCGCUCGUGAACAAUUUCGCAGGCCUGAUGGUCCUUCGCUUCCUCCUCGGCUUCAUGUGCUCGCCAUGCCUGGCAACCGCAGGCGCCUCCUUAGCUGAUAUCUGGAGGCCCACACAAUUCCCCUUUGCCGUUGCCAUGUGGGCUAUGGUAGCUACCCUUGGCCCCGCAUGCGGGCCUACCAUAUCCACGUAUGCAGUACAGGCAAUGGGCUGGCGGUUUAGCAGCUGGGAGUUGCUGAUCAUCUCGGCACCGAUCUACAUCAUCAUGGUUUGCUUCUUGCCGGAGACGAGCGGUCCCACGAUCCUGUACUACGAAGCGAAGCGGUUGCGGGAGGAGACUGGUAACGAGCACUUGUUGUCUGCAGCGGAGCAGAAGCAGAAGGAUAUGAACCUUUCCAGCCUCCUGUUCGAUGCGUUCAUCAAACCCUGGGAGAUGAACUUGAAGGACCCAGCACUGCUCUUUACGACCUUUUACCUGGGUUUGGCGUAUGGAGUGUUCUAUUCGUUCUUCGAGUCCCUACCGCUGGUCUACCCGGUCUACUACGGCUUCAGCGGCAAUUCCACAGGCCUCAUUUUCCUCGCAGUGCUCCCGGCCGGCUUGAUCGCCUUUAUCGGCCAAGUCCUCUACCUCAAAUAUCGCGUCUUGCCCCUACUCACUUCGGGCAAGUUCGGAGAGCUGGAGAACCAUCUUAUUCCGGGACUCCUGGCCUCUCCGCUCAUUCCCAUCGGUCUAUUUAUCUACGCAUGGACAUCCCGCCCCUCAACGCACUGGAUUGCCCCCACCAUCGGCCUGAGCACCAUCAUUGUUGGCAUCUAUUCCAUCGCGCAAUCCAUUUUCCUCUACAUCCCGAAUAUCUACCCGCGCUACGCGGCUUCUAUCUUCGCAGCGAAUAGCCUGGCGAGAAGCUUGUUUGCGUUCGCGGCGAUAUUGUUCUCGACCCCGAUGUUUGAGGGCAUUGGCAUUGACGGGGGCGUGAGCUUGUUGGGUGGGCUCAUGGUGCUUUGCGUGGUUGGAAUGGGGCUGUUGUAUAAGUUCGGUAAGGUGUUGAGGGCGAGGAGUAGUUUUGCUGUGGCGUAG